AUGGAGUUAAAAGAAGUAGUGGUUCUCAAGUAUACUCCGAACAACCAAGAUCGCGAGAGACUGAUGCUUCUGCCAUAUCAAGAAUUUGUCGACAGGUACGCUAUCGUAUUAUUCGCUUUCAGCGACGAGAUUAACGUUGUUUGUCAACGACUACAGACGCAAGACCGUGGCACCGAUACUAUGAAGGUUAUAGACGACUUUCUUCUGUUGAAAGCCAGGUUCCAGGAGUUGUACCGUCGUUGGAAUCAUAAAUCAAGGUACCGUGCGUUGGAUUACUGCUAUUGUUUGUUGCGGAAGAUCGACAGGGAAAUUGAGAUACGGAUUCGGUGGGAUCAACUUGAUGCGUCCGUUAAUCUGAAGGAUGACAAGUUGGCUUCGUUUUUUGGGGAACUCCCUUUAAUUCAAGAUCCGAACUUCGCCAGUUAUGACUCAGGUCUCAUUGCAUCACAAGAGGCUGAGGAGACGUUCACCGUUGAGCAGAUUAACGAACGCAUUAGAUCGGAACUGUCUGCGACUCAGAAGGAAGAUGUUGGUAGACUCCUCCUGCAGGGUCUCUUCAGUUGUGAUUUCGCGCGGAAGAGUUCACUAAUAUUCCAACUCAAGCAAAAGAAGGCUAGUCUGCCGAAACUGUUCGAGAUGAAGUUGCGUAUUAUAUCAUAG